AUAUUGAAAUUGAAACAUCUUAUUUUCCAGGGUGUUGAUCCUCAAGCAAUGCGGUUGAUCCUGGAAUUCUUGAAAACUCAAAAAAUCGACUUCUCUCAUGAUGAAUCAAACGAAAAAUCGGAUAUUCCUGUACUCGAGUUGCUUGAAGCCUCCAGCAUGUACCAGUUCGAAUCAAUACAGGAGGAAUGCAUCUCCUACAUAAUCAACCACUGGCUAUCAGAUGAAAACGUUCUCCAGGUCAUGUUUACAGCUGAUAAAUUGAGCCUUACCAACCUCUAUAAGAAAACUAAAAUAAUGUCUUACUGGAACUUUAGUCAAAUCAGAUCCACUGAUUCGUUUCUGGACAUGAAUCUAGAAUGUCUAUUGAAGUAUUUGGACAGCGAUUACUUGCGAAGUGUUAGUGAAUUUGAGGUUUUUGAAGCCGUUUGUACAUGGUUGAAUCAUGCCUUCGAAGAAAGGGUAUUCAACACUUACGAAUUGCUGUCUGUGGUAAGGUUUGGUUUGUGUAGUGAGUUUGAUCUGAACAGUAUGAAGUAUUACAGUUUAAUUUCGGAGACACCACAAGCUGUUCUGAUCGUUGAUUAUUUGAUAAAGUUGAAGCAGGAUAGAGCAGGUGACUGUGAGGCGUGUGUGUUGAACAAGCAGUGUAGUUCGGCGGCUGGGGAAGACGAAGCUCUGUCGCCGGGAUCGCGACUGAAACGCAAACGCGCGGUGUCGCUGCGCUGCACAUGCACGGAUGCCACCACCGUGGAAACCGCUAAUAAGCUGUUGGUGAAAGGACCCCGUACUCUGCCUCUCGCUCCUUGUGUGGUCGCCAACCUACGGUUAGAAUCGCAGGAGUGUGCGUCGGAAAGCAGCAGCUCUAUGUCCACUUCCAAGUUCAUGAAGCAAAAGCUUGUGUCGCCCUUUUUGUUCUAUUGGGACGGCACUGCAUUGAAGCCGGAGAUUCUGCUGACGAAAAUUGAUGAGGGACCGUGCGAAGCGAUUGGCUACAGAACUGUUUGCAAAGACCUGAAACUGUAUGUUGUUGGUGGAGAAUACCUAAUGGGAUAUGGCGCACAUAAUACCUCUGUUUGGGUCUAUGACAUUUGGCGCGAAACAUGGACUUUUGAAACAAGUGUACCAAAAGCAGUGAGAAACCACGCACUGUGCUUUGAGGGUGAUUGUCUUUACGUGAUUGGAGGAGUUGGGAAGCACAGAGUGGUGGAAGAUACGCUCCACAUUUAUAAUCUGGUGACCAAAGCAUGGCGACUGGGCCCACCGCUCCCUCUGGCCAUGUAUUCAGCUGCAUGCUGUGUCUACAAGGAACAAAUUUUUGUUUUCGGGUCGAUUAUAGUGACGUUUCGACCGAAAGAGAACACUUGGAUAGCAAUGAACAACAUUAUCAUUCCUAACAAUUUGUCUGUCGCGGCAGCAAUGACUGAUAAUGAGUGGAUGUACGUGAUUGCCAACACGCAACCUGAUCUCUAUCGCUUUAAACCAUACUCUGAACGCGUUGAACUAGAACAUCUGGGCCGUUUCCAAAUUGAAGGGAAGAACGCUUGUCUUGUCAACAAUGUCAUCUACAAAUUCGGUUACGACAUCACCGACUACAAAUAUAAUUUGGAAAUGUACUCAAUUGAAACGAAAACUUUCAAAGUCUUGUGGGAGUGCACUGAUACCGUUAUUGGCCUUGACACUGCCAAUGAAGGGUGUUUCCCUUUGCCAAUAAAUAUCUAAUGGAAUAUUACCAUUACAGUUUACUGAACUACGCUUGAGGUAUACGCUUAGACCGCUUUAUUAGAUAAAAGUUGUAGUGCAAGUAGAGACGAUUCCUUCUAGGAUAUCAUUAGCUUUUCUUUUUUGUGAUUUAGAUUAGAAAUUAUUAGUUAAAAUCAGUAGGAGUUGACCUAGUAGGUAAUUCAAGGGAGAAAAAAGGUACAGUAUUCCUGAAAUCCAAAAAAUGAGUGAUGUAUCAAAUGACUGAUCCAUUCAAGACUGAUAAUUCUUCCAAGUACUCAAUUUGUUAAGUCCUGAAACUACUUUUUUGUCACUUAGUACAAACUGAAAUAGCCUGUAUUCCUUUAUUUUUAUAUUUAUGAUAGGUAUAUCCCAAUAUUAUAUGAUAUAGUAAUAACACAACAUCAAAAACUGAAAUUACGACUGAUUUAUGUUCUCUAGGAAAUUUUUAUAAUACGUGGCCGUUUAUAUGUCAAAUCUAAAUAAACCAACAAAUUUAUAAUAGGCCCGUGAAUCACCCAUGAAGAAGCUAAUGUUGAAAUCUUUGGAAUACCCGACAAAUCAGCUAUCAGAUAAUCAAGUAGGCCUAUUUACUCUAUAAAUUUUCCUAGCUCUUAAUUCAACAAUUUUGCGUGAUUUUCUAAUUAUUCAGUUAUUUUCUGUUCUGGAAUAAAAUAUAGAAAAGGUGGAAUACAGACAUGAAUUCAAUCUAACAAGUAUUUAUGGUGGGGUGUUAGUAUCCUUUAAACAUUAAUAAUAAUUCCUCUGAUUGCCAAUGAAUAGCAACCAGAAGAGUUUAUUGACGAAACAUAUACAUAAUUAUUAUAUUAUACAUACAAAAGUUGCUAAUACUAAACUUAGUUCUAAUUAUGAUACCCCAGUAUAAUAAUAUGUGUCGGGGUGAAUCCUUUGAACAUUAAAGGAUGGUCAUUAUAGGUUGUUGUAUUCGAUAAAAAACGUCAUAGAUUUGCUCAAGCUAUUGCAGCUAUUGAAAACUUAUA